CGUCGUCUUGGCGUGACGUGCUUAUCGUUUAUUGUGUAAUUUUGUGCUGUUUUUACGAUAAAUUUAAUAUUUUUUGCUUAAAAACAUAAUCAAAACCAUUUACACUGUUAUUUAUAUAACAGAAGUCAUAAAUCAAACUCAAGUUGCCCAGAAAACUACUGGCGUAACACGCGAAAACCCCAUCAAAGAUGGGUGGUAAAGCUGAAAAAGGCACACCAAAGUACAUAGCGAACAAAAUAAAAGCCAAAGGCCUUCAGAAGCUGCGUUGGUACUGCCAGAUGUGUCAGAAACAGUGUCGUGACGAGAAUGGGUUCAAAUGUCACACCAUGUCGGAGUCUCAUCAGAGGCAACUGUUAUUAUUUGCUGAUAAUGCUUCGAAAUACAUCGAUGAGUUCUCGAAGGAAUUCGCGGAUGGUUAUGUCGAGCUGUUGAGGCGGCAGUUUGGGACGAAGAGGGUGAAUGCGAAUAAAGUUUAUCAGGAUUACAUUUCGAACAGAGACCAUCUACACAUGAACGCCACCCAAUGGGAGACGCUCACAGAGUUCGUCAAGUGGCUCGGCCGGGAGGGCAAAUGUGUGGUUGACGAGACGGAGAAAGGCUGGUUCGUAGCUUACAUCGACCGGGAUCCUGCUGCUGUAGCUGCCAUGGAAGCUAAGGCGAAGAAGGAGAAAAUGGAUAAAGAUGAUCAGGAAAGAAUGCUGGAGUUUAUCCAGAAGCAAGUAGAACGGGGGAGGAAAGAGGGAGACGACGGCACACCCUCCUACACUGAGUUCAAGCGAGAGAGCAGUCAGGAACGCAUCUCUCUCAGUCUCAACCUUAAGAGGAAACCUGAAGAUAAAAAACCAGAACUCCUCACAUCUGCGUUAAAAUCUAAAAGUAAAGAAGAAUCCUCAAGCAAGGAGAAGGAGGAACCUUCCAGCAAGAAAUCAAAAGAAGAUAAAGAAAGAAGCAAGAAAAAUGCUUUGGAGGAGAUUAUGGAGAUGGAGCAACGGGUUAAAGAGAAAAAUAAAAGAAAAGACUACUGGCUGACCGAGGGUAUACUCGUCAAAAUCGUAACCAAAUCUUUAGGAGACAAGUACUAUAAGAGGAAAGGAGUGGUAGAAAAGGUGAUCGAGAAAUAUGGCGCUGAAGUCAAACUUGUGGAUGAGGGUACCAGGAUCAAGUUAGACCAGAACCACCUGGAAACAGUUAUACCAUCGCCUGGACGCAGCGUUUUGUUUGUGAACGGACCGCACCGCGGCGCUAAAGGAGUGCUGAAGGAGAUCGACACUGAUAACUUCUGCUGUAUAAUAGAGAUAACCAGCGGCUCGCAAUCAGGGCGAGUAAUAAAAGAUGUGCAGUACGAAGAUAUUAGUAAAUUGGCCGCGUGACAGUGAUAAAGUGACUAAGUGAAACAAGUCAAGUGAAAGUGACAUAAAUUGAUACCGUGAAACUACAGUUCGGUACUGAAAUGGACAAGUUUGCUCUUGCUGAUGGCGUAA